GCGCUGCAAAAGCGAGCGAGCGAAAGCGACAAGAAGGGAGAGGAAGAGGAGGAGGAGGAGGAAGAGGCUGGGGGGGAAGAAGGGGGAGGUGUAACACAUCCGACGAGCCGGCUGCAAUGGGCCUCAGCUAAUCCAGACCCUUCGGAGGAUCUGCCUUCCCGCUGCCACCGCCGUGGGUCAGAAGCUCCUUGGAUUCGGUUCUCCUCGCCGCCCCCACCGCCGGUUGGCCACAUUUUUCCUUCACACACAAUGAACGCUGCCUGCUAGAGAAGAAGCAGCGUGCCGCGCCGCCUUGCCCCUUUCGGGUUCUCGCGAUGUGAUUCUAUUGCGGCUGCUGGAGGUGAAGGAGGAAGAGGAGGCAGCGUGGCCGGGGGUGGGUGGGGGGGGUGGAGGAAGCCUGAGGCUAUGUGGUGUCAGCGACACCAGAAGAUUUGGUGAACCAUGAUGAAGACUGAGUCCCAUAAUACUCCUGGCGGCAGUGGCACCAGCAGCAGUGGGGGCAGCACCACCGGUGGCAAUGGGGCUGGAGGCAGCCUGAGGAGUGCUUCACCUCACCGGAACGCCUACGAAGCUGGCAUCCAAGCUUUGAAAGCCUCCAAGGAUGCCCUGGGCCAAGCUGACAGUGAGGAGGCCAAGAAAGCCAGGAACAAGAAGUAUGGGUCCAAUGUCCAUCGGAUCAAAAAUAUGUUCCUGCAAAUGGGCACUGCGCCUCCACCAGGGGAGGGAGCAGUUGAUCUGGCCAAGAUGAAGGAGAAGCCGGUCCGGUUGUCCUUGCCCCGGGCCAGCAGUCUGAACGAGAAUGUGGACCAUAGCGCGUUGUUGAAACUGGGCACCAGCGUAUCUGAGAGGGUGAGCCGGUUUGACUCCAAAACAGAUAAGCCAUUGUCCAAGCUCCAGGAGACACGGAAGAUCUUCGAGAGGAGCCUGCAGGAGAAGGAGACCACCAACAAACUGCUUCUGAGGAAAGAGAGAGCUGGCUUCCAAGACCGGAAGUUGGAUGUGGUGGUGAGAUUCAAUGGCAGCACAGAAUCCCUGGACAAGCUAGACACAGAGGCUGUGUCUCCCACUGUAAGCCAACUCAGUGCUGUCUUUGAAAAGGCUGACCUGAGGAAUAAUCUCCAUAAAGCCCCUGGCAAAGUUGGGCCUCUCAACUCCAAAAUUGUUAGCAAAAGGUCCAGGGUUUUCCUCCAGGCUCCAGAAGGAGGUGCCAAGGUGGAAACCAGGAAUAGUGAUGGGCCUGCACUCCAAGUGAGAGCAAGGUUGCCUGAGACUGACAAAGCCCAAAACAAGCUGGUUCCCACUGGGUCAGUAGCAGCAAAGCCAGGGGAUAAGGAUUCCAACAUGGGGCUACGUCCUCAGAAGGUCCAAGAAGUGCGCAAGAUCAAGCCUGUGGAAGUGGAAGAGAGUGGGGACUCUGAACAAGAGUUUGAGGCAGCUGAGGUGGCAGUGGCGGCAGCAGCAGUGGCAGAUGAGAACAGCAAGGUCUCUAAGGGAUCUGACCCUCUCAGGGCAGAGGUGAUUCAAGCUGAGGUCACAGUGCAUGCGGCCUUGGAAAAUGGCCAGCUGGGUGGUGAAAGAUACUUAGAAACUCCAGGCCCAUUGGCAGACACUUAUUGUGAGGAAGUGACCAAGGCUGAAGGACCAGAGGAGAAUGACCUGGGUGAUGAGUCUAAGAAGGAGGACUUCUCUGAGGCUGACCUGGUGGACAUUAGUGCCUACAGUGGACUGGGGGAGGAUUCGGGAGGGAGUGGGCUGGAUGAAGAUGAAGAUGGUGAUGGACUGUAUGCACCGGAAUCUAGCUGUGUCGAGAUCCCUGGGCUGUCAGAAGAGGAUGAGGCUGUUCCUAAUCGCAAGAUCCACUUCAGCACAGCCCCAAUACAGGUUUUUAGCACUUAUUCCAAUGAGGAAUAUGACCGCCGAAAUGAAGAUGUUGAUCCUAUGGCUGCCUCAGCAGAGUAUGAACUUGAAAAAAGAGUGGAAAGGCUGGAUCUCUUUCCUGUGGAACUGGAAAAAGAUUCUGAGGGUCUUGGGAUCAGUAUUAUUGGAAUGGGGGCUGGAGCUGAUAUGGGUCUAGAAAAGCUUGGCAUAUUUGUCAAGACUGUGACAGAAGGAGGAGCAGCUCAUCGAGAUGGCAGGAUCCAGGUGAAUGAUCUUAUCGUUGAGGUGGAUGGCACCAGUUUGGUGGGCGUGACUCAAAGCUUUGCAGCCUCUGUGUUGAGGAAUACCAAGGGUAGAGUCCGGUUCCUCAUUGGCAGGGAGAAGCCAGGAGAGCAGAGUGAAGUGGCGCAACUGAUCCAGCAGACCCUGGAACAGGAACGAUGGCAGCGAGAAAUGAUGGAACAGAGGUAUACCCAGUAUACAGAGGAGGACGAAGAAACAGGAGAAUAUGCUACAGAUGAAGAUGAAGAGAUGAGCCCCAUGUUCCCCAACAAUGAGAUGGCUAUUGAGGUUUUUGAAUUGGCUGAAAAUGAAGACAUGCUGUCUCCAGUGGAGAUGGAUCCCGAAAAGCUAGUGCAUAAAUUUAAGGAGCUUCAGAUCAAGCAUGCUGUGACUGAAGCCGAAAUAAAGCAGCUGAAAAGAAAGCUACAAUCAAUUGAACAGGAGAAAGCUCGCUGGCGCAUUGAGAAAGCCCAGCUGGAACAGAGUGUAGAAGAAAACAAGGAGCGGAUGGAGAAGCUGGAGGGAUACUGGAUGGAGGCUCAGAAUUUGUGCCAGGCUGUGGAUGAGCACUUAAAAGAGACCCAGGCCCAGUACCAGACCCUGGAAAGAAAAUACAGCAAAGCUAAGCGACUUAUUAAGGAGUAUCAACAGAAAGAAAUAGAGUUCCUCAAGAAAGAGACAGCUCAGCGUCGCAUCCAAGAGGAGUCGGAGUUGGCUCACAAGGAGGAAGUUGACAAGUUGCAAGAGAAGAUCUCUGAACUGGAGGCGAAGCUGCAGACUUUGAAAAAUUCCAACACGACUUAAAAAGAGAGAAAGAGAGAGAGAGAGCAGAAAAACAUAUAAACCAACCAGAGAAAUUAAUUCAUCUUAUUAUUAACUAUUAUUACUAUUAUUCGCAAGGGACAUUUUUAGAAUUUUCUUCCACCCAUGCCCAGUCUUUAUUCUUCCUCAUCCUGUGCCUCGUUCCCUUAAUUUUACUGCAGGGGAAAUACUGUAAAGCCCAGCACUGUCAGAAGAACUACUACAGAAAAAGUAGUAGAUGACCUUGUCAUCUGUUGAGUAUGAGGCUAUGAAAGACCAGGUGGGGUGGUGAAAUUCUAGAUGGACGGCAGAGACACAACCCACCUCUUGAUGGUGAUGAAUCAUUGUCAGUUUCUGUGUCUGGUGUGCGUCUUGUGUCAACUGGAGAAACAGAUCAUGGAGGGUGGGAAGAUGGUCAACUGUGUUCAGUGAUGUAUGUCUUCUGUCCCAUCUGCCUGAUGAGAAUCUUUACGGAUUGGGACUAAUGCCCCAUGUCUAUACAUUGACUUGUUGGCUCUUCAGUUGUGCAGGCAACUAGAACAUAGAAAGACUCUGCUGGUGACAAAUAAGGCCAGUGGUUUUCAUUUUGCUUCCUGAGUCUUAAUCUUUUGAGCUGGGUGGGGUGGAGGGUGGGACAUUUGUCUAGUUUUGAGAUGGGAAGAUCUUUAAUUUUCCAUCCUUUGGACAACUUGGAAUCCAUUGUUCUCUAUGUUUUGUGGUGGGAACUAUAUCUGUUUUCUAACAAGUGAGCCAGCAGGAGGUUUUGCUGACCAUCUUUGGGACAACCCUGUUGGCAACUGAAAAAGACAUCAUGAUUGACUUUUACAUCAGGGAAGAAGUAUCAGCCUGUUUUUCUUUUCCUCAUUACAUUUUAUUCAUAUUAUUUUGGAAGAUUCCUGGGAAUCUACAUUCUGGAGACUAACAAACUGGACUCUCUCAAAGAACUUGAGGGUUCAGACGUAAUUGCUGAGAGCAAAUAUAUCAAGGCAGCUGUAGCCAGGAAAUGAAGCCAGAAACUUUAGGAAAAUAUGGAACUGCCAUUCUGUAUUUGCAUCUCCAAAGGCCACCAGUUUGUGCUGGAUCCAUCUCACCACUGUCAGCAUCAGGGUUUGCUGGGGAAAUUGGAAUCUGGAACUAAUUAGGAGCAAAACGUGAAAACAAAGCCCUGGUGGUCAAAAGCAAAGUGUACAAUGAAUCUUGUCUUUUUAAUUUAA